AUGCUUGAAAGGCUGCUGCUGUUCAUACAGAGCCUUACUCGCAGGAAGCCUCUGGAGCCUGAGGGGGAGGUUUCCAACUUCAAACGAUGCCUGACCACCUUGGACCUGGUGGCCCUGGGGGUUGGCAGCACACUGGGCGCAGGCGUCUAUGUGCUGUCAGGAGAGGUGGCCAGGGCGGUGGCCGGGCCCAGCAUCAUCCUCUCCUUCCUGGUGGCGGCGAUAGCCUCUGUCUUUGCGGGGUUGUGCUAUGCCGAGUUUGGUGCUCGCGUCCCUAAGACUGGCUCUGCCUACCUCUACAGCUACGUGACAGUGGGAGAGGUGUGGGCUUUCAUCACGGGCUGGAACCUACUACUGUCCUACGUCAUAGGUACUUCAAGUGUAGCCAGAGCAUGGAGUGGGACCUUCGAUGACCUCAUUGGAAAUGUCAUUGCUAACUAUUUGGGCAAACAUGCAGCCAUGGACUUACCUGGUCUGGCUCCCUACCCAGACUUUUUUGCUGCUGGUCUCAUAAUGUUGUUGGCAGGAAUCCUUGCAUUUGGAGUGAAAGAAUCAGCUAUUGUAAAUAAGGUUUUCACUGCAAUCAACACAGUGGUGUUGGUUUUCGUUAUAAUCUCUGGUUUCAUAAAAGGGGAUUCAGACAACUGGUACAUUAGUGAAGAAACUAUCCUGAAUGGAACAAUGUAUGCAGAGAACCAUACAUCUAUACUGAAUGAAACCACAAACUAUGGCGUUGGUGGAUUCUUCCCUUUUGGCUUUGAGGGAACACUGGCAGGAGCCGCCACCUGCUUCUAUGCUUUUGUCGGAUUUGACUGCAUUGCCACAACAGGGGAAGAGGUGAAGAACCCUCAAAAAUCGAUACCUCUGGGCAUUGUGGCUUCGCUGCUCAUCUGCUUCCUGGCUUACUUUGGCGUGUCAGCAGCCUUGACUCUCAUGAUGCCUUAUUACUUGCUCAGUGUCCAUAGCCCGUUACCUGUGGCCUUUACAUACAUUGGCUGGGGCCCGGCAAAGUAUGCUGUGGCUGUGGGCUCACUCUGUGCUCUUUCAACAAGUCUUCUAGGAUCCAUGUUUCCCAUGCCACGGGUCCUUUUUGCCAUGGCCAGAGAUGGGCUGCUCUUCAAACCUCUCAGUAAUAUGAGUGACAGACAGAGUCCGGUCAUAGCCACGCUAUCCUCCGGCGCUGUGGCAGCUAUUAUGGCUCUAUUAUUUGACCUAAAAGCACUGGUGGACAUGAUGUCAAUUGGAACUCUAUUUGCCUACACUUUGGUCGCAAUAUGUAUUCUAAUACUCAGGUUGAAUCCCACACACAGUAUAGAAAGUUAAUGCUAUUGUACUAGAUAUGUGUUUGUGUGUUAAUCAAGGUAUCGAGCUGAUGAAGGUGACGACGCAAGUUACGAUGACAGACCAGAAUCUUUUUCACUCACGGGACUCCUGAGUCCUCCAUCUCAUCCCACUGCUCGAACAUCUACAAAUGUGUCCACGUUCACCGUCUUUAUUAUCUUUUUAGCUAUUUUCCUAAGUGUGAUCAUGACCAAAGCUACUGAUUCCCUGCUGAGCCAGGAGUGGUGGAGUCUUCUGUGUGUCUCUGUGAUCCUGUUACUAGUGGCCCUCACUGUCAUCAUCAUCUGGAGACAUCCGCAGAGUACAGCUAAAGCUGCCUUCAUGGUUCCUUUCCUGCCCAUACUGCCUAUUUUGAGUACUCUUAUCAACAUUUACCUCAUGGUUCAACUAGGAGCCGACACUUGGAUUCGCUAUGCCGUUUGGAUGGCAGUUGGGUUACUCAUCUAUUUCUGCUAUGGAGUUCAUCACAGUGUGCAGAAGCAAAGGCUACAAAACGCACACAAUCAAAUCAACAUACAAAACGUGCAAAAUACAAAUAUGGACCGCAACUUUGUUACUGAGGAUUACUGUGGCCCUGAAAACUGA